CAAUGGCGUGCCGGGUGGGGAGGAGAGGGGGCGUGGCCGGUAGAUAAGGGCGGGGCGGGGCCGGGCGCGGUCUCAGUCUGGGGCCGUUGGGCGCCGCGCGGGCAUGGCGGCAGAGGAGGGGAAGCUUUUCGUGGGGGGGCUCAACUUUGACACGGAUGAGCAGGGGCUGGAGCAGCACUUCAGCUCCUUUGGGCCCAUCGCCGAGGUGGUGGUGGUGAAGGACCGGGAGACCCAACGGUCCCGCGGCUUCGGCUUCGUCACCUUUGCCAACCCCGAACACGCCAGCGACGCCAUGAGGGCCAUGAACGGCGAGUCCCUGGAUGGGCGACAGAUCCGGGUGGAUCACGCUGGAAAAUCCCCCCGCGGUGCCCGGGGGGGCUACGGGGGGGGCCGGGCCCGGGGCCGGGGCUACGUUCGAGGAGGAGGUGAUCGGGGCUACGGGGGCCGCUACGAGGGACGCAGCGGGGGGGGCUACGGGGGCUCCCGCGACUAUGGUGGCCGAAACCAGGGGGGUUACGGUGAGCGCUUCCCCUCCGCUUCCUACCGGGACAACUACGACAACUGAGCUUGGACCCUCGAUGCUGGAUUUCGGGGGGGCCCCCGAACCCCCCCGGGGUGGGGGGGACACACUGUCCCCUCCCCCCCCGGGCCAUGGAUGGACGCCGAGGGGGGAGGGGGACAUGGUGGGGGUGGCGGGUGGAGGGGGGGGCAUGACCCCCCCCCAAUUUGUACUUUCUCAGGUCCUAUUAAAGGUCAGAUCCCUCCCAGGA